AAAAUAUAUCCAAAGUGCGCAUGAUGAAUUCCAGGAACAACUAUUAUUUAGGUGGAUUGCACCGAGUGUAGUUUUAAUUUUUAUCUCUACUUAUUAUUCACGUGACAAGUUAUAUUUUCAAAUUUAGGUUCAAAUUUUGUUUAUUCCUAAUGUUUACUGAAUGGGUUUAGGCAAGAGUCUGGGUUUCUUAUCAAACAUCCUCAUUCCUUACAUUACAAAUAGGAGGUUCUAUUCUUCUGUCCUUGAUUUCGUCAAGAUUGUAUUAAGUGUUUUGAAAAGUCUUAAUGAUGAAGAUGUAUUACAAGAAGUUUGUAAAGAAAUAAUCGAAAAGUGGUCAGAGGCCCAAGAUGUUGAAAUCAGUGAGAAGAAAGAAGAUGAGAUCCAAGCCAUUACGAACAUAAUUGAAAAGCAGGCACAGAUUGUCGUGAAACCUAAAGAGGUCUUGAAGGAGGAUACACUUCAGAAAGCUGCUCUCCUGGCACAAUAUGCUGAAGUGACAGAUGAUGAGGAUGAAGUAAAUGUACAUGAAGAUUUGGGAGCAGCAGCAAUGCCUAUUGCUUCUAACAAAUCUUUGUUCAAAAAUACAAACCUGGAAGAUGUUAUGAAUGCUCGUAAGCUGGAAAGAGAACAUCUACGUGAUGAAUCCCAGCGAAAGAAAGAGCGGGACAAACUCCAGCGGGAGAAAGACAAGUUGACCAAGCAAGAACGCAAGGAGAAAGAGAAGAAGAGGACACAAAAAGGCGAGAGGAAGCGGUAGCCAAGAACAGCUGCUGGACUUUCUUCCCCUCCAUUAUGUAAAAGAUGGCACAGCAUGCAUGUUCAGCCAGAGUGAUCAGCAGACAGAAGCUUUUUGAACAUUUUGUUUUUGUUUUUCCAAAGCAGCAGCAUGCACUUGGCAAGAUUUGCAGGGAGAGGGGAUGGUUUCUCUCUCAUGAUAAAAACUUUGAUUUAAAAUUUUGUGUAUGCAAUUUUGCUGUCCAAGCAUUUGGCUGAAUUGUCAUAGCCAAGAUGUAUAACCAAAGAACUGGUGACUUUUUGUUUUUACUCCUUGUCAUUUUCUGUUCUUAUAAGUAUUUUCAUGUAAACUGUAAAGUUAAGGAACUUCUAUAAUAUUCAGUUUACCCAAAGAUUACUUAUAGGUGGUGGAAUUGUUGAGGAAAAAUCUGGUUUUGCUACAUGUAUUUGUCAAGAAGAGAUAAUACACCAUGAUGAGCAUAUAAGAUUGGAUUUAGAUCAAUGUAGUAAACAUCUGACAUCAAAUGUGAGACAACGUAUUUCAUUUGUUGAGGAUUGGCCUAAUGAAUUUUUGUGUGACUUCAGCAAAGCUGUAUUGUUCCUACCUUAGGUAAAGUUCUGUGAAUUUAACUAGUAUGCUUAUUUGCCUGCUCCAUGCAUUCUUUGUAAUCUACCAUAUUUAUCCCAAACAAAGACUACUAAAUUCAAUAUGAUUUCUAUCUCUCUGCAAAGAUCCUUAAUGUUUAUAAAUAAUAAUUUUAACAAA